AUGGUGAAUAACAGUACAUUAUCAUUCUUAGAUCUUGCUAAAGCUUAUGCUACAACUCAUAUGACAUUAUCUGAUUUAUAUACAUAUGAAGUUAUUAUUUUACUUAUCUAUGGUGUUAUAAUAAUAUUUUCAUUUUUUACAAAUUCUAUUGCUAUAAUUAUAUUUUUAAUUGGUCGUCGUUCACGUUCGGAAUUAUCACCAUUUUUACUUAAUUUAUCUGUUUUUAAUAUAAUUAUGACUGUUUAUUGUAUACCAUUUACAAUAACAUCAGUUAUAUUUCAACGUUGGAUAUAUGCAGGGGAAUUAUGUAUUGUACUUGAUGCAUUUAAAACAUUUUCCGUAUCAGGUGUAUUAUUAACAUUAAUUACAAUAGCUAUUGAUCGUUACUGUGCUGUUAAAUAUCCAUUAGCAACAAAAGUUUAUUCUGUAUUUAAAAAAAAUUUAAUAGCAUUAAGUGUUAUUUGGAUAUUAAGUUUAGGUUUAACAAUAUUACGACUACCAGCAAGAUCAAUACCAAUACAUGAAAUACGUUUAUGGAUUAAUUCACGUGAAUUAUUUUCGAUUUAUAUUGAUUCACUUGAGAAUGCCACAGAAACAUUAGAAUCGAUUUAUUUAUCAAAACAACUUCAUUAUCAACUUAUUGAUACAAUUCAAUGUGUACCAAAUACAAAAGCAAAAUCAUUUGAAGUUCGAUUAACAAUACUGAAUUCUUUACAAACAUAUUUUUUUCCUUUGUUUAUUCUCGCAUUUGUUUAUUUACGUAUCGCAGCUAUGUUAUGGCAACGUUCAAAUGAUGGACAUAUUGAAUUUAAUGGUACAACAGUAACGAAUAAUUUAUAUACACAUGAAAGUGUACAAUUUAAAAAGAAAUUAAAACAAGGCUUGAAAAUGUUAGUGGCUGUUGUGAUUCUAUACGCUGUACUUUGGUUACCAAUGAAUCUAUUCCAAUUAUGUUUAAAUUUACUUUGUUAUAUAGGCACACCAUAUCAAGAUUUUUGUAGUAAUUCAACAUUACUUAAACUUCUAUAUAUAUCAUCUCAUUUUUUAACUGUAUCAAAUACAGCUCUUAAUCCUAUUAUUUAUGGUUUUGCUAAUAAUCGUUUUCGAAGUGAUAUUCGACAUUUAAAACGUCGUAUUUUUCAUUGUCAAGGCCGAACAUCAUUUUAUUUUCUUGCGAAAGGAUCACGAAGAACUUCAUAUACACUUGAAGAACGAUUUCGUGAUGUUCGAAAUAAUCAAAAUUCAUUGAAAACAAAUAGAAAUUUAUCUAUGCCUCGACAAAAACCAGUAAAUAUGAACAAUUUAUUAACAGAAGAUUCGCUGAAAAAUUUACGUCAUUCAACUUGA